CGCGCAUGCGCAUGUUGUCUGAUUUCCUAUUGCGUAUUCUUUUCAGGGUCCUGUGUGGCUGUGUGGACCUUUAUAGUUUUUAGGAAAAAAAUCGUAAAUCAACCACCGACAGUUCUGCUGUUUGUCAUCGCUCCUUUGGAAAAGAGAAUGUUUCGGGUGGUGUUAAAACGCAAGUGUUGACGGUUAUCAGAAAUAGGAUGCGCCAGGGGGAUCCGAAGAAUGCAACUAAGUUAGGGUCUGGACCGAUAGCGAUGACAUGCGUCAAAUAAGGGAGCUUAACUGAUUUAAUAAACACCCGACUGAUACGAUCUCCUAGUAAGGAAAGUACAAAGCUCAUGGAGGCAGUCUUGAGCCGGCUCCGGACCCUGGGCGGGGAUGAGCUCCGCAUGGAAAUCAUCAACGCGGGCAUCAAGUGUGGCCCCAUCACGGCUACCACCAGAGCCCUCUUUGAGAAAAAGCUAGCCAAUGCUAUCCUGGAGAGCCAGAGAAGUGAUGGAGAAGCUUCAGAGCUGAUGAGCAACACAGACGCCUCCCCAUCAAACAUCUGCGAUGAGAGUGACUUUGGCUACAGCCUGGGGCUGAACCCCCCCGAGGAGCCGUCUUUGGCCAGACUAGACAUAACGACCAGCUGUGUCAACCCAGACGAUGGAUUCACCCCCCAGGAGGAUAGGCAAGAAACUCCUUCGCUGUUUUAUGGGGUGUGUCCCUCCGUGCUUGACGGAUUUCUUGACGAUGAGACAGUCCACGUUUAUGACAAUAAUAAAGAUGCAAUGAAGGCUGUGAAGAAGAUGAAGGGAGCCCGAUUCAAAAUCUUCUCCAGCCGAGAGGCUGCUGAAAAGUUUGCCAGAGGCACCAAUGAGAGCCCUUCUUCACCGUGCAAGACAACACCAGACCUGUCACCAAGGAAGCCAGACGAGCCGCCCAAUCCAGAGAUGGAGCACCUAAAUGGGGAGCGGGCAAACAACUACAAGACCCCACGCACACAGGACCUGACUGGCAAGCUUAGGAAAGCUGUUGAGAAUGGGGACCGGGCGGCCUUCAGCGAAUUAGUGUGGAGCAAUCCUCGCUACCUUAUUGGUUCAGGAGACAAUCCCACUAUAGUGCAGGAGGGCUGCCGGUACAACAUCAUGCAUGUGGCUGCCAAGGAAAACCAGCCUGGUAUCGCACAGCUUCUCCUGGACACCCUGGAGAACCCAGAAUUCAUGCGUCACAUGUACCCUGACGACAAGGAAGACAUGUUGAAGAACCGGAUCCACUAUAUUGUAGACCUGUACCUCAACACUCCUGAUAAAGCAGCUUUUGAAACUCCACUUCACUUCGCCUGCAAGUUUGGGUGUCCUGAGGUGGUGAAUGUACUGUGCUCACAUCCAGAUACUGACAAAAACUGCAAAAACAAGUACAACCAGAAACCCUUCAGUGUCAUUUGUGAAAGGAAAAAUAAAACCCAGGAUAUAAAAAAAAAGAUUAAAGAAUACCUGGAAGAUCAGUACUAUGUACCCUUACUGAGGGCCACAGACAAUUCCUCCCAGCCUGUGAUUGGAGCUCCCUGGUCACCUGAGCACCUGGAUCCAGUUCCUCAUUGGCUGGGUUCUGAACUACAAGGAAAUCCCAAAGAUCCUGUCAUGACAGUUAGGGCUGCUGCUGGUCCACUUAGCCAGGCUAAGGCUGAGGAGUUUCGCAAGACAUGGAAAAAUCCCCCCAGAGCUCGGGCCUCGUAUUUCCACGACAUUCUCAAAUCUGACCCCAACCGUGGUGCUGAACGAGUUGGCAGGGAACUGGCUCAUGAAUUGGGCUACCUUUGGGUAGAGUACUGGGAGUUUCUGGGCACCUUUGUCAGUUUGGCUACUGAGGAUGGCCUGGAGGUACUGGAGGGGUAUCUGAACAAGAAGGAUUACAGUGAGGCAGAUUCAGAGGAGACCAGGAAGAGCAGGACCGGUGAUCGCAUUAAAGGAAAGACACGGAGCGUUUGCAACUCCAUCUCUGUGGGGGCUUUUCUGGAUGAGGACAGCCCGCAUGAAGAUGCCCAGGAGAUUCGACAAUACGCCACCAUGAGGACCUCCGGCAGCUUCCCCUCCCCAGUCACCAACCUCAUGGCAGAAUUCGAGAAGGCAUCUGUGCUGGACUCGGAAAGCCCUUGGGACAGGACCUGCGAGGGGGACCGGGAGGGCGGUGAGUCCGAGGACACAUCCAGUGUCAGCUCUGAGGAGUACUUCACGGCGGAGGAGGACGGGGAGGACGAGGACCCUACGACUGCUCUUCAGAAUCGUAAGCCAAGUAAGGAUGGCUCCGAAUCCUCCAGCUCUUCAUACAGAUCCCUGCAUGGCUCACAGGAAGACAUCACAGCCAGGCCACCUGUUAGACAGGGUCUUUUCAUUGAGGGUGAGUCUCCCACCAAGCUGGACACUGAGGUCUUGUCAGCUCUCAAAGGUGUAGACUUUGACCCACAAAAGUAUCCUUGCGUUGACAAGUGGAAAAGCACAGUCCAGAGCUUCACAUCUUCUCAAAUGCAGAGCUGGCCUAGCCCGGUGGGGGUGAAACACUGGCCCGGGACCCCAGGCUCACCCUGUAGCCCCAUCCUUUCACCUGGCACUCCCAGCCCUACCCGCUACAACCACAUCCAUCGCCUUUACCACAGCCACCUUCAUCACUCUCCGGUAUGAUCAUUGGUCCAGCCUGGCCAGACAGCUGACUUUCGCCACAGUUACGCCAGCAAUUAUUUUAUUUUUAAUUUGACAUUUUAUAAAGAUCUUUAGAUCAGCAGUCUAUUUAGAUACUGCUAAAAUGUACCAUAUUGGUUUUUAAUUCUAAAUAGGAAAUUAAUUUAGCGGGGAAAAAGUAGCCUUAAGGCUCGAGUUGUUAAGCAUAGCUUUAUUUAGUAUUUAAUGUUUCAGGGACUGGCCACUAUGACCAGUUUGCAAUUUCUGAAUCCCAGGAGAGAAACGUAAAUUAUACCUUUUGAGAAAGGUAGCAAAAACACUUCUGUUUUCAGCAGUUUUGAUGAGUAUGUUGACUAAAGGGUGUCAAGCUUUAAACGUUAACUGGUGCCCUUGAAGAAGAGUGGAGACUUAGUAGGUCACAUAAAGGAGAUCACUAGUGUCUCGUCAAGCAAUCACAGCUUCUAACAGUAACCACACGAUAUGUACAUUUUAUAAAAGCUUUUGUUUUAUUUUAAAACAAUGCUGUUAUUUAAGUGUAGUUUU